AUGCCCAACGUUGCCUCCAAAGCGCCGGAGAAAGGCGCAGUACAGCGCGUGGCGAGCAACGCCUUACAAUCGAAGGCUGUUAGCGUCGACAAGCUCAGCGGGUAUCUCUUCCGCACAUACCGUUUGACCACAACGAAAGGUUUCUUCUACCUGCUAAAAUGUCGGCCGUCCCAGAACGUCAGACUGCUGCGGCACGAGGAUGAUAGACUGGAAAUGGAAGCUUAUGUCCUUCAGGCUCUGCGCAAUCAAGCCGGUCUUGUCACUGCGAGACUCAUCGAAUACAGCAACACGAACGCGGCCAUUGGCAGCAGAUACGAGGUAACCGGACCCUUCGGUGGUUGCAUACUAGCCGAUAUUGAACCGUCGCUAUCCCGGCAAGCUCUUGCAAACAUCGACAAGAGCUUGGGUGCACACGUCCAACUCCUGGCCACAGUCAAAGGAUCUGUAUUUGGCUCACUUAGACAAGCCCAAGGCUCUCCAGGUUCGCAGUCAUGGGCCAGGGUCUUUGCUUCAAUGCUAGAAACCAUUCUACGCGACGGCGAGGACGCACUCAUCAGCCUACCGUACGACGGUAUGAGAGAGUUGGUGCGCAAGCAUCGUGGCUCUCUAGAUAAGGUUACGCAACCAAGCCUCGUCAUCCUGGAGCUUUGCGCCGACCACAACGUAGUGGUAGAUGCGACGAACCAGAGGGUGUCGGGUUUGCUCGACUACUCGACGGCGUUCUGGGGUGAUCCCUUCAUGUCGGAUUGCUUCUAUAGGCCCACUGCUAGCUUCGCGGAAGGCUUCGGCAAGCUACCGAAUGGGGAUGCGGAUGAGCGUAUCCGUCAAUACAUGUAUGUCCUUUACCACUCGCUUUUGGCAGUUAUUCGACACUGCUAUCGACCAUCGGAAGACCACGACGAAAUGGAAGCUCGACGAGACCUGACGACUGCGAUGCGCCAACUCAUGACAGUGCCCGCCCGGUAA